AAGCUAUGCUGGUGUAAGACUGGGUCCUACGUACUGCUCUUUUCCCUCGGCCGAUGGACCGAUCCUCUUGCAUUUUAGCUAUAUAAAUAUACCCAGUCCUCCACUCAGGGCCAUCACUCAUCAUGAUCACUAGCUUGUAACCAAUCUAGUUAGGUAGCUCUAUCUCUCUUGGAGGGGAAAGGAUCGAUGAGUAGUGCAGAGACAUCAUCGGUUUCGGUUUGUAGCAAAGUACUCGGUUGGCUUCAUCUGCACAGAAGUCAUCAGAUUGCAAGUGAAUCACUUCAUGGAGGGAAGUUGGCUGCUGAGUUGAUGACCUGUGACGUCUGUUCGGAGGAGAACAGCAAUUGCAAAGAGUGCAACUGCAAGCAGAAGCUUAGUGGAAGUACUAAGGAAGUUGUAAGCAAUGGAGGGGGCAAUUGUUCCUUUGCUCAUGCUGUCAUCAACAUGGUCGGGAUGCUCAUCGGACUAGGGCAACUCUCGACUCCAUAUGCACUCGAGAACGGGGGCUGGGCUUCAGUCUUCCUCCUGAUAUUUCUUGGAGUCAUUUGCGCCUACACUUCUCACUUGCUCGGCAAAUCACUCGAGAAAAACCCCAAGUCGAGAAGCUACACGGAUAUUGGCCACCAUGCAUAUGGUCAAAAAGGCCAAGUCCUGGCUGCCACCUUCAUCUACCUUGAGAUCUUCUUGGCCCUCGUCUCUUACACCAUCUCCCUGCAUGACAACCUCGGCACAAUAUUCGAACACGUUCAGGUUUUCCCCAGGUGGAGGCUAAUGUCUUCUUCCCAGCUGCUGACUCUGAUAGCAGUUCUUGUGGCGCUACCAAGUCUCUGGCUAAGAGACCUAUCAUCGAUCUCAUUCCUUUCAUCAGGAGGGAUUCUUAUGUCCAUGGUCAUUUUUGGGUCCGUGGCACUGACAGCCAUUUUCGGAGGAGUUAGAUCUAACCACACAAUACCAGUGCUCCAAAUCCGGAACAUUCCAGCAAUAUCAGGGCUCUACGUUUUCAGCUAUGCGGGUCACGUUGUUUUCCCAAAUUUGCAUGAGUCCAUGAAAGAUCCAGCGCAAUUUACCAAGGUUUCGAUGGUGAGCUUCACACUAGUCACAAUGUUGUACACGGCCCUGGCCUUCAUGGGAGCGAAAAUGUUCGGGCCAACAGUGAGCUCCCAGAUAACCCUGAGCCUGCCCCGACACCUGAUCAUAACCAAGAUCGCCCUCUGGGCCACAGUACUGACUCCCAUGACCAAAUACGCCCUUGAGUUCGCACCCUUCGCCAUCCAGUUGGAGCGCUGUCUUCCCAUUUCCAUGAGCUCCAGGAAGCAAAUGGUCAUACGAGGCACUGUCGGCUCGAUCCUGCUGUUGAUUAUACUGGCGCUGGCACUCUCGGUGCCCUACUUCCAGUACGUCCUCAGCCUCACAGGGUCCCUUGUGAGCAUUUGCAUCUGCGUGAUCCUGCCCUGUGCCUUCUACAUCAAGAUCUGUUGGCCCGAGAUAUCGCAGCCCUCAAUUGUGAUCAACGUAACACUUAUUGCUCUCGGGGCACUUCUUGGAAUUUUUGGGACAGUUUCCUCCUCGAAGUUGCUCUUUCAAAACCUUAAGAGGACCCACUCAUCAGCCUAAGAAGAAUAACACUUUAGACUCACUUUACAUUUUCGAGUACUUUUCCUUCAAUACCCAUCUACCAAAUCCAAACUUAAAAGGGCAUGGAAAUGAAAGAAGAUCAGGGACAAGAGUGUAACUUUGCGUGCUCAUUUAUACAAACUAUCUUCCUGUUUGGUAUACCCAGAGGGAGAUAUGUAUAUAUCAUCUCCUGAAUAAAUGCAAUAUACUUCCAAGGUUUCUGUGAAGGUUA